UGUUAUUUGUUCCCGUACUUGGUAGCUCACUCUCCUGUCUCCUCACCAACAUUCAACAAUGCACAACAACCAACAGACUACAGCAUUACAAGGCGACCUCAGCAGUGCAGAGAAGUUCAUCUGGAUAUCAUAUUUACUUAUAGUACUUCUAUCAUCAGUACUGGGGGAUACUGUAAUUCUAGUGGCUUCUAUAAAGUACAAAGCCUUCAGGUUACACGAGUUUGUAGUGACAGUAAUCCAGCAUAUUGCUGUAUGUGACCUUCUUCUGGGGAUCCGUACAGUCCUGUUCAGAAUAGUGCCCAUCAUAGCUGAGGAGUGGAUCUUAGGUGACAUCUUGUGUUUCGUUAACGCUUACUCCUCAACUUAUCUCUUCACAGCAAGCUUCCUUCUGGUAUGUGUACUGACCAUCAGUAAGGCUGUCUUGUUGAAGUAUCCCUUAAGGACGAGCAGUAUGACGAUACAAAGAGCGCACCUGAUCUGUGCCUUGACCUGGAUGUGCUCCUUUAGCCUCCCAUUGAGCUGGGUUAUUGUGGAUAAAUAUGACAUUUUCAUUGAUGCACGGGUGCUUCUGUGCAGGUAUCACUUUUCCGCUGAAAUCUGGAGAACGUUGAGUAUACCUGGUCAUCUCCUUGUAAUUGGAUUAAUAACAUUUGUGGUUUGUGCCAGUGUCCAUUCGGUGGUUAUCCUUGCUAAAGCCAAGAAAGCAGGGGAAAAGAGCGGAGAGGUUAUAAAAUGGCAAGGAGUCACAACUAUAGUGAUGACACUGAUUAUCCUCAUAAUCGCCUUGGUGCCUACAAUAGUAUUCCACCUUGUUGAACGAUAUCAGAGUGUUGAAGACCAAUAUAAACUGUACAAAUCAGCGCGGAUCACCACCGCCCUGUUCAUGCUGACUGUAAUGUCUAACUUCUACAUCUACUGCCUGACUGUCUCUAGCUUCAGACAGUUCCUGCGAGCCAGAUUCCAUGAGAUGUCAUCACGUGUUCUUUUUCUUAUAAUGAGUAAGCUCGGUCGCCCAGGUAGAGGAACUGGACACUACGAGCUAAGGAAUGAAUCUAGUCGGGCUAGCUUCAGGAGAAGCACUCAGAGAAGAGACGACAUUCAACUAGAACCAGUCUAACCCAGCGCCAGCAACUGCUCCUUUGACUCUGAAUACAUAUAUAUAUACACUGGAUCCAUUGACAGAUCCCA